GCAAAAUGAAUGAGUGGCCGCGCCACUCACGUUCAUCGCCAGUAAACAACCCUGUUCAUUUUGAUUCUUUGACAGAUUGACUGAUAAAACAUAGUGUCGCUUAUGUUGUUUGUCCUGUGAAAAACAGUGUUAGAAAAAUUGUAAGUUUGAGCUGUAAAUCACGUAUAUUGUCGAGAGUUUUAAUCCGCAUCGGAAGCCCAUAAUGACGGUAUUUUGCCGUGUGUGUCGGAUGCAAAUAUUCUCGCAGCCCAUUUUGCUUACCAGCAACUCAGCGAGACACACGAAACCGAUAAACGAAAUGAUUUUCGAAUGCACACACAUUUUGCUUACCAAAGAUAUCAGACUGCCACAGUACCUGUGCGAGUCCUGUCUGAUGCGAUUGGACGAGGCAUUUGCGUUCCUCAAACUGUGUCGCGAAUCGGAACGAAUGUUCACGGAAACAAUCCCAAUGGCAAUCAAACUGGACAGCAAGACAGAAUCGUCUCUUGAUGCAUCGUAUAGUCAAGCUAUGGAUUCAAGUGGACUUAACAGAAGUAUCCAGAACAGUUCAUCAGCGAUCAAGUUGGAACUGGAAGGUGACGAAUCCAAGGCCCCUUUGGAGUAUGCGUCCACAAGUUCGACGUUUUCAGAAUUCAACGCCUUGAUCAGCGGGGGCCAAACUGCCCCAGCUGCUCAAGGCGACAACAAAGACUGGUUAUCGGAAGCUCGCAAACAUCGCGAGCGGCAGCGCGUUUCGACGGCAAAGCGAAGGGCAAACAUGACUCCCGACCAGAGAAGAAAAGAGCGCGAAAGGGCGCGGAUUCGGCAAGCUCAAAGGCGAGCUUUGCGCUCCGAAGAGCAGAUACGGGCCCAACGGGAGCGGGAUCGAGUGCGGCAAGCGAUGAAACGGGCCCGAUUCCGACAGGUGGAGAUGAUACAGCAGCAGCAGGAACUUCAGCAACAGCAACCGCAAUCGCAACAGGAACUGCAAAGGCCACCACAGCAGCAAGAGCUUCACAACUUUCCUCUUGAAGCGAGAAUAAACCAAAUGAUGGGUUAAUUGGUUGGUAGUCUAUUGAACGAGAACGAAUCCCAAAGAUGAUUUAUUGUGAUUGCUUAUCGCAUUCCUCCUGACAAAUAUAAGAUGAUGUUGUGGUCUAA